CCGAAGUGCCAAGUAAUCCAAAACUUGGCCUUUCAAGCACCCCAAAAGCCCAGUCUUCUCCACGCCACAACCUCUCACUUUGUUCCUUAGACAUAUCCAUGAGCAACAUUUCUUCUGUGUUUUCUUUCACCCUCCUAAACAUUCAACAAAAAGUGGAAGAAAAACAGAGAGAAUUUGCAUAUAAAAAUUUAGGGGAUUGUUUGGAUCUGGUCAUAUAGAGAGAGGAAAGAAAAAUGGGGAUGCAACUCAGAACUGGGCAUCUCUAUAAUAAUAUCCUUACUCUUCCAAACCCCUCUUCUAUUACCUCAUUUUCUUCAUUCUUAAAAAGAGGAAGCAAUUUAGUUGGUGGAGAAAGAAGAAGAAGAUAUGGGUUUAGAAUCGCGGCGUCAAGCAACGCCACAACGACUCCGUUUUGGGAUGGUUGGAAACCUGAUAAAGCCUCUGCUUCUCCAUCCCUCAGCGACAUACUUUGGCCCUCUGCUGGGGCAUUUGUGGCAAUGGCAAUGUUAGGAAAGAUGGAUCAAAUGCUAGCACCAAAAGGAAUUUCAAUGACAAUUGCUCCGUUAGGUGCUGUUUCUGCCGUCCUUUUCGCCACCCCUUCCUCUCCUGCUGCGAGGAAAUACAACAUGUUUGUGGCUCAAAUAGGUUGUGCAGCCAUGGGAGUAGUGGCAUUGUCAAUAUUUGGACCAGGAUGGCUUGCUAGGAGUACUGCCCUUGCUGCUUCCAUUGCCUUCAUGAUCUUCACUCGUUCCGCUCAUCCACCAGCUGCAAGUUUGCCAAUAUUGUUCAUAGAUGGAGCAAAGUUCCAUCAGUUGAAUUUUUGGUAUACAUUGUUCCCCGGUGCUGCUGGUUGUGUUCUUCUUUGUUUAAUUCAAGAGUUGGUGUCAUACUUCAAGGACAACUUCAAAUUUUAAUAUUUGAUGUUCGGUGUAAAUUCUAUUGGGAAAACACUGCAUAUUCAUUCCCAAAAGGCAGCCAAGAUUCUUUUUAAUCCCUCUCAAGCAAGGCCAUUCUAAAAAGAUGUAAAAUUAGGUAGAUUGUAACAAAAUUUCAAUGAAUUUUAUUAGGAUGGACUAGGGAUUUCGAAAUAAUUGUGCCAAGAAGAAGAACUACAAUGUAAUGUAGCACUUGUAAUUACUGUUUUAUUCAUUUCAACAAUGAUUAUGCAUUUUAGGUUUCAAUUUUUCAAAUGAAAUCCUUGCUUCUGUCC